AUCCAUUCUAAGCUUCUUAACGAAAUGCCCUACGAUGGCGUCAAUUCUUAGUAGGGAAUCCUUAGCUGACAAAACUUAUACGGCGGUGAUGUUGAGAAGGAAAAGGAAGAGGAAAAAGAAAAAGAAAAAAAAGCAGGCCAUUGUAAUCUGGAAUGUCACAUCAUUCCAUGGGAGCUUAACAGCACAUGGGCCCUAAUGAUAGUCCACCGUGGAGAACUUUUUACAUUUCGUACCUAUGUUCCAAUGGCCGUCAAGCGUGUCUAGAGGUAAUAGUUAGUUAUUGGUCUUUUUUCUUUUUUUUAUAGAAGAGAGUAAGUGCACUGUCUUCUCUUGGCAUACUUGCUCAGCCAACGGAGCUGUCAUCAUGGGAAUUGCAAUUUACAACUACUUCUAAUAGCCAACAUGUUCUCGUGUUUUUCCUCCUUUCUCUCUCUUCACCUUCACCACCUUCGUUUCCGUCUCCUUCUUGAAGCUUCUUCGUCUUCGGCCUCUCCUUCUGCUUCUUCUUCACCACUCGGCUCUAGUCGUGGCUAUAUUAUUCACUUCUACCGCCAAGACAUACAUAUAUAUAUAUAUAUCCUUGAAGAGAAGAAAAGCAUAGAACGAGUCUCUAUAAAACAUCCGUCACCAUGGCUAAAUUCGACUACCCCUACCGGAAGAGCGUGAACAUCACGGCAUGGGUUGCUCAGUUCGUCGUGUGCAUAAUCCUGAUAAUCUCCUCGGCUCUGGUCCUCAAGAUGGUUGGCGCGAUGGAUAAUAAUGACGACGGGCAAUAUAACGAGGAGACGGAAUAUGAGAAUGCGAUGAGUGAAUACAGUGGGCUUUUAACUUCCGCCGCUGGUCUCCAAAUCGCCAUCACCGGCCUCACCAUCAUCUUGAACAUCGCCGAGAUCGUCUUGGUCGCGAAGAAGCGGAUGCACCCGGCACUCUACCUAUCGAGCGCCUGCGUCAAGACCACGAUAUGGGCUGUUAUCUUCAUAAUGAACCUGAUCACUCUCUCGGUCAUUUCCAUUAUCUUGACGCUCAUCCUACUCACAACGUCCAUAGUCCAACUAACCUACGGCGCGCUCCUCAUCCACCGCAAGCGGCGGGGCACCCUGACGCGCGGCGUCUACAAGCCGGCGUCGAACCCGGAAGUGUGCGUCGAGACCGGGUACGGCAGCUACGGGUACUACCCGCAGCCGCACUCGAACAUCAGCACCGAGUACAAGUCGCCGGCGGCCAUCCUGCCGCCGCACUACGGGGGAGGGGCAGCGGGGCAGGGGCAGGAGGGGGGCUACCACAUGCAGAGCGGAUAUGUGCCGCAAGUACCGCCCGCGUCGUAUGAGGUUGACGGACGGUCUAGGGAUGCUUAUUGAUGGCCUGCUUUUCUGAGUCGAAAGUGGUAUGAGCGCUUGAUUCUUUUUUUUUUUCGUUUUGCCUUUUGCUUCGCUUUGGUGGUUACCCGCGACGAUACUUCAUUGUUUUUUUUUUGCCGCGGGAUCACUUGUGAUGAUACCCAUAUAUACCAAGUUUUUUGUUUAUGGUUGGUUGUUGUUGUCGUUUUUUUUUUCGACUUGGAUGUAAUAAGGGGUUGGGUUAUGGAUAUGGAGGGAAUAGAAUCUACCUAAUCUAGGUAUUGUACAUAGGGACAUAGGGGCAUAGGGGCAUAUGGAGUACCGAGGUGAAAAGGUAGAUACCGUGUAAGCACCUAAACUGUAGAUAUAGAAUACAACAUGUAUAUUGAGAACAUGACAUAAUAAUG